GUACUUCCGGGUUGUCGUAAUCUGCCAUCCCAAGCGAGCCGACGGCCGACUGCAAUCAGACUGCAAUUAACGCUUCUCAUCAGUAUAUUCUUGGAUACAACGAAUUUUGCGGAAUCUCAACGUGGCCGUUAUCUCAUACAUGAACUUAAUUCUCAACACAAAGCCGACCAAAGGAAGGGGAUUAUCUUCAAACACUGACAGGGAAACAUCGAUCGUCGAUUUUGUGUUGUGUAUGUCGCACCGGCCAGGCCAGGCCAGUGCAUUGUUAAUGCCACGUAAGCCUUAUUUGGACAGGGCGUCAAGCGGGAGCUCACACAGCUCAGAGACAGUUGCAUGUAAUAGAUGGUAUACCGUAAUAGAUGCAUAAAUUGAAUGAAAGACGAGCCCAAGACAACUAAGAGGUCACCGAAAUGAGAUAUUUUAAUCCCUUGUUUGGAGAACUGAUCUAGCUGUAGUGUAGGAACUAUAAUUUUCACACAGCUGCAUGCAGUGAGAGCUGAUAAUGAUAUAGUGAUACUGCAGAUACAAUGCCAAAUAUGACAUAAUCAAGGAAUUUCACAACAUAGAGUUUAUUUCCUCCUGAAGAUCACUUUCAUCUUGUAUUAAAGAUGGAGAUGUUCAUGAAGAAGAUCAUAUUUUUGUUGGUAUAUGCCAUGCUGCUCUUCCUCUUAGCCCGAUUGCUGGAGUAUAUCGCUUGGUACGAGACGGGUUUGCUGAUGAUGAAGUUGGUUGAUCCAGUCUCCUUGAGCGUCAGGAAGUUGAAGAGUCUUCUGGAUGGGCGAGGGCUGAGCUAUGAAGGGGUCAUUGAUAAAGCAGAACUGACGCAGCUUGUUGAGGAAUCUGGGCAAGUCAUGGAAGGUGAGGUUUUGAUGAUGGAAAAGGAUGUCUCUGACGUGGAGGAAGAGGAGACUACUUCAACCGCUUUUACCGGUUACACCCAGUUCUAUGAGGAGGUGGAGGACAAGAAAGACAGUAUAUGGCUCGUACAGGUUAUUCCUGGAAACCAUGGUCCGCUGCUGGGAAAAAGAGCAUGGUCAACUGUAGUGAAAAAGUUAUCCAGGUUUGGCAUACGACACGGAACGUUUGACUGCUCUAUUGACCCAAGGAUCUGCCCUCAGAAGAACUGGAACCAGCCUCUCUUACUCCUCGCCAUGCCCCAAGCUCACAGGCACAAAGGUGAAGUGUCCAUGGCGAUGUUCACAUCAGCAGGAAAAGCCCAGCAGAUCAUCAACUGGGUGUACUUAGAGCUAGCUCACAGGGUCAACACAGAGAGGAGAAUCGGGCAAGAGUUUGAUUGGGAUCGGGUCGAGUCUGAUCAAGAUUACGCCGUCAAAAUCGUUCUUUUCUCAAGGAAUCACGAACCACCGCUGUUCUUUUCUGCCCUAAACUUGAAAUAUUCCGGCCGUGUGAAGUUUGUUUUUGUCAGCGACUCCAAAACGUUUUAUGUCUUUGACAAUCAGGCUCAGAAAUACUGGCUCCCAUCCUAUGUGAUCAUUACACCGGAAGGAAAGAACAUUUACGGCACGCAUAUUGGCGAAUAUUGCACAUACACUGCUCUUGAUAUCUACCUUCAAACACUCGCUCCAGAGGCAAAUGAUAUCUUUGUUUUGACUUUUAUCAACGUUAAUGCCAUUUGUUUCAUUGGUUUAUUUGUCAUUCAAGGUGGCAUAGCCAAAAGGAUAUGCAGCUUUCUGUUGACAAUUGGAAAAUACAAUAUUACCUUUUUAUUGCUGUGGUUACCGUUGCUUGGUAUCAUCCAACUACCCUUCAUGGCCUCGGUCCAAGAUUAUUUGUAUAAAAUACUGAGACUAUCCUCGCAAACGUGGCUGAUGGGGAAACUUUGUCAAGAUUGGAUAAUGUAUUCUGGACAUUCUUACAUCAUCAUUGGAUCCUUUCUCCUCUAUUGUGUUGCUGUAAACUGGGUCUCUAAAAGGAUAAAUGCCCCAAGACACGAAGAUGAUAUGACGAGUGCUAUGUGGCUGCGUUCGUCGCUGGUGGAUUUCCGUAGUUUCCUCCUGCGCCCGUCUCCGUCUUUACGAAACAGUCUCCCACGCCACGACCACCGGGAAGAAGGACUCGAUUUGUUGAUAGAGCAGAUGGCCGUACCAGACCUCUGGCUGCAUCCACGGAUACCUGAAAACUACAUGAAUGAUUUAUUGACUUGGCGUUACAGCUGUGACUGGCUUCAAAAUUACUCAUCUGGCAACGACUCCUCCGAUUCUGAAAAGGGUGCUUGUAGAUCUCAUACAAAAAAAUGCGCGGAACUGCGUCAGUGUUUAUUAAAGUGUGGUCUAAAAUGUAGAAAUGAUUCUAACCCAUGUUCUUAUUCCCCAAAAAUGGAAAGAAAAGAUUUUGGUACAAAUAAAAGAAAUGGUGAAGACGAUCUAUUUGUUGUUGAAGGUCAAGAAAAGCCAUGCUGCAAACAGCCAGAAUCUAUAACUUGGUCGGAUUCCGAACAUGAAACACGUUUUUUCACAGGCUCGACAUCCAAAGUCCUAAAGGGAUCUAGUGUAGAUAGAUUAGAAGCAGAGUUAGAUGGAGCAAGAUCUGAUCUCGGGGAGAAACCACUUACCAAAGCCGAUUCAAAUUUUAACCAUGAGAAAUGUUCUUUCGGGGAAAGGCAAGUAUGUCCCCAGCCUGUAAAAGAAACAAAUAUGGAAACCCCUGAAUUUUGUGCAGAAUCUCUAAAAGAAAAAGAUAAAGAAAAGCCCAACUUGGCCCUAGCUUCAAGGAAGCACUCCCCCAGGCAUUGUGCUGAAGUGAAACCCAAGACCAGCCCAAGGAAGAAGAGGCCCCAGACCACCAAGUCCUGGCCGGAGGGUGUACUGUUCGAUGCCCAGUGUGCCAUCUGCAUUGAUGCCUACACGACCGGUGUCAUGCUCUGUGGCCUACCGUGUGGCCAUGCCUAUCACCAACAGUGUAUCUUUGCCUGGCUGAAUAAUGGCAACCAUGUUUGCCCUAUAUGCAGAUGGCCAGCUUACAAGAAAAAAGCAAAGUCAUCCAAGCAUAUGGAAUAAUAAAUCUUAAUCAGACAGUGGUCUUCUUUAAUAAAUAGUUCAAAGUUUACGCAUGUUUCUAUCCUUAAAAACCUUGCAACAAAGUAUUCCUUUACCUUAGCUGUUUUGGCCCAGUGGAUUACUGAUAAGUCUUCGGACUCUGAAACAGAGGGUCAUGGGUUCAAAUCCCAGCCAUGACUUGCUUUUUCCUUCAGCAAGAAAUUAAUCUACCAUGUGCUGCACUCAACCCAGGUGUGGUAAAUGGGUUCAGGCAGGAAGUAUAUGUGUAAUCCCUUUAAAAAGCUGAGCAUCGAUAUCAGUAGACUAGCUUACAUGUAGCUGGGGCGAUAUGAGAGUGCCAUGAGCACUGAACAAGUUGGGUAUGUGCACUCUAUUACAACUAUCCUAUAUUAUUAUUAUGAAAAUUUGAAGACGUUGACAAAUGGGGGAGCGUUUCAUCAUCAUUUUUGUCUGACAAAAUAUCGGAUCUGACAUCUUUCUUGAUUUUGAUUGGCGGAGAAACUCUGUUGCUGUGGUAGCUGUCAGAACCUCUCACAAGUCCUUUCAUUGAAAUGCUCCCCUGGGCUAUUCAACAUCCAAUGUGCUUAUGUUAGUAUACACUUAUAGCCUGUAUAAUCAAAUGAAAGUGAUAUUGCAAAUAUCUCUAUGCAUGUGGAUCCUAGGAUUUAGAGUGAGAGAUAAGAUGUGGACGCAUGAGGACCUCGGCAAAACGACAAAUAGUAUGCCUGCUGAUUCCAUCAUUGUUUAUGCAUUUACUGUGAUUAUUAUUGUGAAUGUAUUGCUAUGUUCAUUUCAUACUGUGUGCUGUGGACAUGUAAUUUUCUGAGGCAUUUUCAUGAGUGUUUUGUAUGUGAAAUAAUUGUUUCAUUGAUUUUACAUUCCAGAGAAACUGGUUCAUUUAGAUGUUCACAUUUAAUGUACACAUCAUAUCAAAAAUUAUUUGGUGAAUUAAUGCUGAAUUGAUGGAGGUGAUUAGGUAUGUAAACAUUAUUAAUGGCCCAUAUUUUAAAUUAGGCCAUGGUCUUGCUGUGUACUAAAAUUAUGUGAAGCUAAAAACUAUUUUAGGGCCUUUUUACAUGUGAAUCUUGACUCAUCAUUGUAAUGAUGAUUGCUAUUGUAAUCCUGAUUAGCAUUUUUUAUUCUAAUCAUGUUCUAGUUCGGUUUCACACGUGCUAAAUAUUCGCCAUUAGCCUAUUUUUCAUUGGAAUCAUCAUUCAGAUUGCAACUUUUUACCGUGUGAAAGGGCAGUUAGUUAUCAUUCCCAGACAAUUAAAUGUUGCCAUAUGUACUGAUAAAUCAAGUCUACUUUUUCAGAUAUACAGUCACGUUUGGCUUCCGAUAGUUAAAACCACGUUUGACCAGAGUUUAAGAAUACAGGCCUAUGAAUAUCAAUAAUGUAUGAACCACUGUGAGAAAUAAUGUGACAAUGGCCAUGCAGGAAAGAGUAGGGUUGACUAGACACCAGUAAUAUCAGGAAUAUUACAUUGAAUGCCGAAGGUAAAGACCAGCCAGGGAGACAAGACAAGUGAUCUUUUUGUGCAGGUGGAACUUAUGUACAGUUUCCUCUCACACACAUUUUAAUAGGACACACUAUCCCUGGGAAACUGAACUUAUGGCCUAAGACAGGUGGUCUUUGAGUUUAGGUAGUGGCUAAAGGGGGCUAAUCUGUAAUGUCUGUACUUCAAAAGGAGAGAUUUACAUUACAUUCGAAAUGCUGUCUCGUAUAUCAUGAUUGAAAUUUGGAAUCUAUAGGAUAUUUUGUUUCAUCUCUCUUAAAUUAGUAUGUCCAUCCUCCACCUUGGAAGUGGGUGGGAGUGGAGCUUCAUGUAUGAAGUUUCCCAUGACUUACAUCAGCUAAUGGCAUUUUCAAUCUUCAGAUUGCAUUUAAAUCUAUAUGCAAAAGUAUUAUCACCAUCAACCAUACUAAAAUGCAACAAAUAUUUUUAAGGGCAAAAUAAUAUUCCUUGCUAUAAUUUCAGAUUAAGUAUUUUAAUUAUGACAUGCAUAGCUACUUUGAAAUGUCAACAAAAAACUGGACAUCAGUGAGCAAUUCAUUUCCAGGUCAUAUGAAGUUAUGUUUAUCUUUGCGAACAUAUUCAUGAAAUACGCCCAUGGGAUCCCAUACUAUGUGGUAAUUAAGAAGCUAGGUUUUAUUUUCAGACCUUUAGUUAUAACACCAUGCUAUAAGUUGAACCAAUGUGAAAUAUUGAGUUGAAACUAAGAAAUGAGAAAUGAUACAUGUAAAGGAUAUGAAAGCAUUAAAAGAAAGCAAGAAA